AUGACGCCCGCGGCUCCCCGCGGCCCCCCACCCUCACCCCGGACCCCCACCCGCAGCCGGCCACACUGGAGCAGCUCCCAGCACAGCCUUACGCGCCCGACGCGCACCACCCGCGGCCCCAGCUUUCCGCCUGCACCCGCGAGGACGCGCGCGAGCACACGCGGCGCCCUGCCAGCCUUCAGGGCAGGUGGGGGACGCGGCACCGCGCCACGGGGAGGGUCCGCCUCCCCUUCCUCGCCCGGUGUCCUCUCAUCCUCCUGCCGCUCGUCAGGCCGGCCAGCCUCACAUCAGUCUCUCCGCCCCGGGAAGGCUCAGCCACUUUUCAUCGAGGACUCCACUUCUGGGGACACCCGGUUCGUUUGCCCACCAGGCCUAGGCUGCUCUCCAUGCUCCCCUAGCAACCUCUGCCUACGCCUCCUGCCCUCCUCCGACCCCUUUCCAGCCAAAGUCCCCCCGCCCCUUCAGAGAAGCAGCAUCAAAUUCCAGAAGUGGAGGCUUCAGCCUCCCGGCGAGGGUCCAGCCCCACAGUCUCCUGAGAGCCAUUGCGGCCAGGGACGGCCUCUGGACUGCCAGGCUGGGGUUGGGGACCCAGGGAACAUCAGUCUACUCAGGUGUGAGGGGGCAGGUCUGACCUGCCCCAAAGUUGGCUCCAUCCUGGACACCUUGGUGGGAGGCAGUGGGCAAGCGAUUUUGGAGAUGAGUGGGCAGGUGAUUCCGCCGGGGGGAUGGGGGCAAUGUGCUCCCCUGCACAUCUGGGGUGCAGAAAGCUCUUGCCUCCUAAAUUUGGGUGGAGCCUCUGUGGGAACCACAGGAAGUGUGUGGGCUGCCUUCCUGGGCAAGUAUUUCCCAGUGGGAAGUUGGAGGGGGCUUUAACAAAGUUUUACUCCCUCCCCUGUUCCCCUGAUCUAGUGCUCAGGACCCCGCCAUCAGGAAUUCCUUCCUGUCAUCUAACCUCACUCCUGCCUACUGCAGUUCCAGCCAACCUGCCCUUUCAUGAGUUCAGUGCAGGUGGAGAACGGUUGGUCACCAUCUUUGCACUGGCCCUUUGGAGAUUUGGGGACUCAGUUCUAGUGGUGUCACCCUCCCUGUCCUCCCGCCUGUGGGAGGGACGGAGGGCUGGCUCAGGCAUUGUCUCCCGCAGUGGGCAGAGAGAACAGAGGCAGGCUGACCAACAGACAGCUGGCACCUGGAGGCAGAAAGGCCCUUCUAACUUCCAGAUUGUGUGCUUGAGUGAUGGGUCCCCAGCCCAAGCCCACUCUUCCCUCAGCUCACCCUUCAGCCUGUUCCCUCUUGCCCCGACUCCAGCCUGUGCAGCUGCUCUGCUCCAGGAACGGAUAUGGGGACUCUUCCUGGGUUCUGGCUCCUGCAUAGCUCAUCCCACUUCAUCAUGAGCCUCAACUGCCUACAUCUGGGGCAAGCAGCACACCGGCUGCAGAUGGGACAGCCAGCCCUGCCUAUCUGGACAGGCCCCUUAGCCUCUGUCCCCUGGCCUAGGCUCUCUGUCCUUCCCUGAGUCACAGAGAGCAAGCCAAGAUAUCCAGGGAAAGAGGAAGAAAGGCCUUAGUGUGCCCCAGCGGUCUGGCUGCAUCCAGCCACCAUCACCCGGAAGGAUGCCCAUGAGGCAGCUGACCCCGAAAACAGCCUCCCCCUCAUGAAGAGUCAGCAGCUUGGGCAGCCACUUCCAGGCCAGGGUGGUGGCUUCUCUGCAGACCAGCUGAGGGGAGGACUCCUGGGUGGACAGCCUUUGACAUCCACCCCACGCUGAUGCAGAAGCACCCAGAACACUCAGGAAACUUCUCCGGACAGAGCCCUCCUUGUCAACUUGAGGCCCUCCCAAGACCCUCUACUGCCCUCUGAGUCCAGCAGAGGGGAUGGAGGAGGGGCCACUGCCUCCCACCUAGAGCUUCUCCGAAUGACAAUCAGCUCGUGCCAGGUGGGGACCAGGGCAUGACUCCUGGUGCCCAGGCCCUGGGCCUGCUCCUUGCCACCAACCGAACCGUGAAUGUAGGGCCCCCAGCGUCACCUCUGCCCCAGGACCAACAACACCCUGGUUUGUAGCUGGGAGGAAGAGGGGGGCCUGAGAGAGCCCCAGGUCCAUUCUACCCUCAGCUUCACUCAGCACUGGAGCUGGCAGAGACGCAAAACCCAUUCUGCCCUUGGGAUUCCAGACCUCCCUAGGGCUCCCAACUGACCUCAGGCCUCUGAGUCACUGAAUGUCACCAGACGAGGUAGGGGAGGGAAAGUGGGACAAUGGGGAGGGAGUCACCUAAGGUACUGCCUCUGUGCCUCUCCCCAGGAAGGAUCUAGGGCAGAGAAAGCCACAUCUCCCGGUGCCCCCAACCCCAGCUGCAGCCUCCUCCCCCUGAGCAUUCAUUCUCUCCACCAGGCCUCCAGGUCCUGAGCCCUUUCUCUGUAAAAGCAUCACACCACCUCCCUCAGCACUUCCCCAUCACAACAACCUAUGUCACUGAGUCAGAUGCAGGGUCUGCUCACCCAGACACAUGCCUUCCCUCCCCAGCCGCACCAUGCACGAAAGGGGCACAGUGGGGGCAGGGGGAUGUGCCCCAGGCUCCCCAUUCCCCAGCUCCUCACAGGGGCCUGGCUUGCCCAGUCUUCUCAACUCCAGGGACCAGCCCUGGUGGGCAUGGGGUGGGGAGCAGGGAGUUACCCUUCCCCUCCCUCGGGAAGCCACCUAAGAAUGUUUACAUGCCAAACAGAAUGUAACACCCCUCCCCAACCCCUUCCCAGUCACUGCAUGGCCUCUGCCCAUCCUGCGCCUGUCCACCCCGCCCCAACACCCUGGAAGCCGCUGUCAAUGAUUAGAUCGGGUCUCGGAAGGGAAGUAGCCAUCACACCAUUAAAAAGCCUGUGGACCUUU